AUGACUUUUUUAAAAGAAGCCUUAACUACAAAAAUAAACUAUUCAAAAGAUUUGGAUACUAACCAAAAUUUACUAAGCCAAACAUCAACUAUUACAGGUUCAGUAGACUUUGAUGAUAAAUUAACUACAUUAGACACUCCUAAAUGGGCAAUAAAGAUUAUAGAGUCAUUAUCUGCAGUUGAUGUAACAUCUCGUUUUGCUAAUUUGAUUAUUGGUAAUACGUUCUUUAUGAAUACUUUGUAUUCUUCAGGAUGUAUAAAUCUAUAUAAAUAUUACUUAGCGAAGGAUGAAUAUGAAUAUCCAAUUUUGUUAGGUAUUUUCAAUUUAGGUAACAAUAUUGAGAGCUAUCCUCAAACUACUCAUGGUGGAUUCUCUGCAACUAUAGCAGAUAAUUGUUUAGGAGCAUUGGCAAUACAAAUAUUUAAGCAACCAGUUACAAAGAUACUAAAUAUUUCAUAUAAGAAACCAAUAAGAGUAAAUCAAACAAUUUUAGUUGAUUGUAGAGUAAAUCGUGAGGAAUUUGAUCAUAAUCAAAAAGAUAGAGUUACUGUAACAGCCAAGAUAUUUAAUAGUAAUGAGGAUCUACUUCUUAUUGCAAAUGCUGUAUUUGUGGAUGUUUCUACCAAGACAAAGUGGGAUCAUAGCAGAAACACGAAAUCAAUAGAUAAGUAG